AUGAGUUCCGAAUCCAAGACCUUCCCUUUCCCAAUUCCGACCUCGAUCACGGGAGGUUGCCUCUGCGGCUCGGUCCGCUACCGCGUCACCUUCCCACCUGACCACGACUUCCUCCGCUUCUCACAAACCUGCCAAUGCACCCAAUGCCGAAAGCAAACGGGUUCCCUCUUCUUUGCUGAGCAUGUCAUUGCUCCAGCUUCCACCGCCUUCACCUUGACUAAUAAAGAGAAUCCCACUCUCAAGCAUUACAGCACCAGUCCAAAGGCAUACAGAUGGUUUUGCUCAAACUGUGGCUCGUUUCUCUAUUGGCAACCACUCGACAACGAGAAGGAUUACAUCUGCUUGGCGGUGGGGAGCAUCGAUCAGGUGUAUCUUGCAGGUGGUGAGAAUGAUGAAGGUGUGCCGAAGGAGGGAUAUGGGCUGGCGCUUGUGGGUGGGGGAGGCGAGCAUCUCUUUUGCCAGAAUGAGAUCAAGGGCGUGACGGAUGAUAUUCCGCUGUUGGGCAGGAAGAGAGGGACGAGAGUUAUGGAUGGGGGUGAGUCGGCCUAGAGGGAUAUCCUUCACUCGGAUGCUUGUACAGCAGCCAUAUUUUAUGUAGUGUGAUGUUAGGUUCCCUCCAUGUUAUUCAAACUGGUCAGACACAAAACUGUUGAUUAUAUAAGAGCCAUUCAUUGCGCUUACUAUCAAACUUCUUGCUCUUUCCAAAAAUCCUAUCCC